GUGAUAAAUUAGCCUUUCUUAUUGUUGUUGUUGAAAUAAUAAUUUUUAAAGCCUUUUUCUUCUUGUUGCACUUGAUAUUUUUCAUUGAUCAACAUUCUCAUAUUGAUAGUAGAUAAUUUAGUUUCGAAUAUUAUCAAUAAUAUCAUUUUGUGAUUUCAAUAUUCUACUAUUCUUUAAUAAUAAUAAUAAUAAUAAUAAUAAUACUACUUUAAUAACGUACAAUAGAACAACAAUACAAACUUUAGAAUAGAAGAAAAUGAAAAAUUCCGUUCUCUCACUUUUUAAAAAGAAAACCAAUAAUAAUAAUAAUGAAUCAGAUGAUAGCAACACAACUCCAUCAUCACCACAUAGUGGUAGUUUCAGCAAUCUUUCAGAUUUGUUACAAAGUGGAAGUUUAGUUUAUAACUCACUUCCUGAAACAACUCUAUCCUAUGGUCAUAUUCAAACUCCUUUUAAUGUAUUCGAAUUGAAUAGAAGAAUGUAUCAAACUAAUUCACAAGUUUUAUUACAAAAACAAAAUAAUUCAUCAUCACCUGCCACCCCAAAUGGAAGUAACAAUAAUAGAUUGAGUUUAAGUCAACAACAAACAUCAUCACAACCAAUUGCUUUAACUCCAUCUCUAUUAAUGGGUAAGAGAAAGGAAUUGAAUAGAAUUUCAACUCAAUCACCAACUGCUGAUAUUACUCCACGUUCUUCUUCUCCUUCCAUUACAACAACAACAACAACAACAAAUAUUACUACUACAAAUACUUCUAAUGGUACAAAUGCCAAUACAAGUACCAAUAAUAGUUCAGCAACAACACCUUCAACACCAAUUGCCACUACUACUUCCAAUGAAUCAACUGCAACUACAACAAUUACACCAACAAUUAAAACAUCAGAUAAUGUUGUUACUACUGCUACUGCUACUGCUGUUUCAUCAAUUGUCAAGACAGCUUUGAGUGAUCAAGAAAAAUUAAUUGGUAUCAUUUCAAGUUAUCUCGUUCCACAUAAGGAUCAUUUGAAAUCUAGAGAAUGUUUAACAAGUCAAAACUUAAUGUCAGUUUUAGUGUUAAAUAAGAAAUGGAAUUCAAUUUUAAUGGCAAAUGAUUUAUCAACUAUUAAUGAUGAUGUUGUUAAAUUGUGGGCAAUUUUAGUUGAAGAAAUGUAUGAACCUGCUGCUAAUAUUGAAAAUGAUCAUAUGAGUAAGAAAUUUAUUGAAUUGUGUAUGUUUUUUAUUUAUUUAUUUGAUUUAUUAACUAUUGACUCUUUAAAUACUACUUUACAAUUUUUAUUAACACAAUAUUUACAAAAAUAUUGA